CCCGACACGAGUGAACACCGAGCCCAAGACAUGCUGAAGACGCUGAUGCUGGUGGUGGUGGCCCUGCUGUGGCAGCAGGGCGUGCUCUCCAUCGAAGAGCACUGCAAGGAAUGCAUCUGCGCGAACUCGGGCGGUCGCACAGGCAGCGCCGGCAACUGUAGCAUGCCGGCCAAGGGAACCUGCCUGAACGGCGUCUACUGCGGCCCGUACGGCAUGUCCAUCCAAUACUGGAUAGACGCAGGCUCCCCAAGUGGCAACUUCUACGACUGCAUGAACGACUGGGAGUGCUCCAACAAAACGCUCGAAGUCUACGGAACCAAGUACUGCCAGACGCAGUUUGUCGGCCACGCGCCGCCCUGCUCCUGUGAGGAGCAGGCCCGCAUCCACCACUGCGGCCCCUACAGCAUCCACGCGCAGUUCUGCGACAGCUACUGGUUCGGCUACAUGCAGCCGUGCAUCGGUAGUUGAGCGCCGCGGCACGCUCCCUGGACGCGCCGUUGCGGCUCGAGCCGCCGCGGCGCGCCCAGGUCCAACGGUCUGCGUGGGGACCUCGCCUGGUGGCGUGCUGCGGCGAGGGAGCACCGCUGUCCGGAGAGCACAUAGUCACAAGCUCGGAAAUAAGACGGGGAGUAUGAAA